CAGACACAUCUUCACCCAACUUCCCGAAUCGUCGGCGCUUCCGUUAUCAGCAAGACAAGCGAGCCUAGAACGCCCAGUGAAUCAGAAACACGCGCUUAUAUAAAGCCCACUCCACUGAUAUCUCUUUCCCCAUUGCAAAGACCUCUUCACUCCAGAUGUUUACCAAACUUUCCGCCUUCAAGCCGUUAUUCACACCCAUGCCCCGCCUUGCCUCGUCUGUAAUUCCUAUGGCCACCAACGGGUCGUCGGUGCGCGCACUCCACACACCUGCACUCUCGACGCUGCCGCGCGACAUGAUCUCGUUAGCAGACUACACGCCGGAGCAGAUCGCGGCCCUGGUCGAGUCAGCUGCCGACUUCAAGGACAAGACCAAGAACCACGGACAGGCCUUCCACCCCGACGAGCCCCUGAAGGGCAAGACCAUCGGGCUGCUGUUCUCGAAGCGGUCAACGCGCACGCGCGUAGCUAGUGAGACCUCGAUCGCGUACCUCGGCGGUCACGCAAUGUUCCUCGGCAAGGACGACAUCCAGCUGGGCGUCAACGAGUCGCUGAGGGACUCGGCAAUCGUCAUCUCGAGCAUGGUCGACGGGCUGUUUGCCCGCGUGGGCGCACACUCGGAGAUCACAGGCCUGGCAAAGUACUCGUCGGCACCCAUUGUCAAUGCUCUGUGUGAUGAGAACCAUCCGACGCAGAUCCUGGCCGACCUCCUGACCAUCUGGGAGGUGUUUGGCAAGCGCAAGCCCGAGGCCAAGACGGUCUUCGACGUGGUUCGCGGUCUCAACGUCGCCUGGGUCGGUGACGCCAACAACAUCGUAUACGAGAUGCUGUCGGCGUUCCCCAAAUGCGGCAUCAACAUGAACGUGUGCACGCCGUCCAAGUACCCGAUCCCCGAGUCGGUGCAGCAGAUGGCCAAGUCAGAUGCCGACAAGGCGCAGUCGAAUGUGUCGUACUUUACUGAUCCGGUACAGGCAGUCCAGAACGCCGAUAUCAUUGUCACCGACACGUGGGUCAGCAUGGGCCAGGAGACAGAGAAGGCACAGAGACUGCAGGAUUUCGCCGGAUAUCAGGUUACACAGCAGCUGGUCGAUGCGGGCAAGCCCAACAAGGACUGGAUCUUCAUGCACUGCCUGCCGCGCAAGCCCGAGGAGGUGUCUGAUGAGAUCUUCUACUCGGACCGGUCGGUUGUGUUCCAGGAGGCCGAGAACCGCAAGUGGACCAUCCUCGCCGCGUUCAGUGCGCUGUUCUCCAAGCGAGCCUAAAGACAGUUUGUUUUAUUAGGUUGUAGUCAUAAAAAAGC